AUGAACACAAGCGCCGAUACACACAUACACGCUGACAGUGCCGCGCACAUGCGUACUCUCUUUCUGUGCCCCCACCCCUCCCCUUCCUCAAACCCCGUAGAUGAAGGCGCGACCUUCCACCUCCUCUGCGAAGACGCUCAGCAAACGCUUGCCGCGCUCGUGAAGCUGCAGGAGUGCAGCAUCUCCCAGACGCUGCACGUCAGCGAGCUGGAGACGUGGCUGGCGGGAUGCAUACCGACUGAAUGCAACCGGUGUGGUGCUGCCAAAAAUGCCGCCUGGCACGACGACGACUCCGCUGCGGGAAGCUCACCGCCCAUCCACGUAGGCACCGCUUCUCGGCUGUCAUGGCAGCGGCGUGCAUACAUGAGAUCGACGUCGCCCGUGCCACGUCACAUUUAUGCCCCAGCACUGGUCAGCGGCACCCUUUUGGAUACAGCGGAGGCGGGCGGUGACGACCGUCAGGCAUCCGGCGUCUCGACACGCGUGCUACCGCUCCCCAUUGUCGAGGCCAACACUUACUUGGUCUACCCCCCACCAACGUGA